CAUGAAGCACCGCGAAUAAUUCAAAUUAGAAAUUAUUUUCGUUAUAUCCGAAAAAGUGAGAAAUAGUAAGCAGGUUUAUUAAAUAAUUACCAACCGACUUGAAGUAAAUUCAAAUAUGGCAGCUGGUGAAGACCCAUUCGAUGAUCCAUCACUCAAGGGAUUAUCCAGACAUUUUAAUGCAACAACCGUCAAAGGAAGAGCUAAUGUGGCUCUAGCUACGUAUUUCUUUAUGGGAGCUGCGUAUGUGAUUUAUAAAUAUUCUAGAAAAACCGCGUCAAAUGUGACAAAAUCCGAAGAAGAUCCUAGAAGCAAUAUAUAAAAAAACCUUUUUACAUGUCCUCUCAAAAAUCCUCAAGGUUGUUAACAACGGUGGCAGUUGCAGUAGGGACUCCCAUAACUUGUUAUUUGAUAUACACAUUUAUUUUAAAAAAAUACUAUGACUGUGGUCCCCCCAAAACUUGACGCCUGU